AUGACCUCUGCCUUCGUGCGCGUCUCUGGUCCGCCGAACAGCAACUUCCUUGUUGGAUACCCUGGAAUCUCGGCCACUUCACCGCGCAUAGAGGGCAAGGUUGAGAUACGUCCAUUGCUGGGCGUAUCCGCUCCCGUCCAUGUAUCGCUAGUCACCGUCUGCCUACAGCGCCGCGAGAGCAUCCACCCUUCGGCCGACACAAUCAAAGGCCACCUCGUCACGUCAAAUCGGAGGGAAAUCACCGACAUAGUCGGCAAGGAGAUGCUGCUGUAUCGCGCGCCCAUGGGUCGUGAGAGCGAAGCUAUUCUGUCCAUGGAUCUCCCCUUCGUUAUCUUCAUCCCAUAUGGUCGUGGCGGCGAAGAAAUGGCGAGGCGUGUACCCCCAGCGAGUUUGCAGUUGGACCGCCGCGCUGCCGAAACCUACUACGAGAUUGUCGUCACUGUCCAUCAUAGCGCAAGCGACCAGAAGAAAUACNCCUUUCCUGUACCAAUCGCAAGAUACGAUACUCUGUCCACCUUCGGCAUGUACAACCGUCCAGAAAGCGCUGAACGCGUAGUCGACCACCUUGUCACUCUCGCCAUAUCAUUACCUCGCUGGUCUUAUGGCCCGCUCGAUCCAGUCAGCGUCUACAUCAAAUUAACACCAAAUCCUGACAUGCUUAGGAAAGCCAUGAAGGCUACAGUCAAAGCAAUCACAAUGAGCAUUGAAGAAGAGGUCAUAUACAACCAUCAAGGAGAUGAACCGCAACGCAAAGCCAAGACACUGGCUUCUUCCACCCAUCGUGUAGGGAUUAAGAUGCCCGAAGCUGGCUACUUUACGAAUCUGGGCCUGGUCUUUCCCGCCAGAGACUUGCGCAACCAAGAAGGCAUCUUGCCUCGCCAGAAGCGAGAAUUUCCACUUUACGCUGUCAGCGGCUUUACAACCACCGGUACUCUGUACAAGAUUGAGUACUAUUUGGUAGUCAAGGUAUGUCUUACACUCGUGGUCUCCUUAGACCAUCCUCUGACUCUAUCUAGGNCUGUCAUGUCCGGCGCAAAGGACAUAAUGAUCCGCCAACCCAUUGUUGUCUGCCCAUGGGAUCACGCUGGCUGCAAGGAUGAAAUGGAAGCCAUUGAGCAAGCCGCCAAAGACGCCUAUCAUAUCUCUCCUGACAACCCCAUGUUACCCGCUUCUACCAUUAUCAGAGCCUCCGAUGCCAACGGCCUUAAAAGCCUAGGCAUGACCAUAGUCGGCGGCCACAGGAAACCACUGAUUGAAUGA